AUUAGCCUUUCCGAAGCUGAGGCUAGCUAAAAUGCUACAUUGAUGCUAAUGUCACCAGCUAGCGCCUUUUGCUCUGCGAGAUCGGCGUUACAGAUUUGUUUCACGUCGUAAUCGGUCUGCAUAUCUAAAAUAUACUCAUGCACAUUUACGAUAUGUGCACAUUUUAAAGAAUGCACAAUGAAACCACUGUCAAGAGCCAUGUUUUCCUGUUGUUUACAAUGUAGCUUUAGCAUAUUUAGCAGGUUAGCUAGCUGGUUUUAAGUAACAUUUUGCUGUUUGGUCUGCAAACAAAAAAAAAAGUGAGUCAAGGAUCUGACCCUUAAUACCACCGCCUUUUAGUUCGGUUACGACCUACAAACUCUUACAUUCCACUUAUAUGAGGGACAUCUAAUCUAUCUACAGCAUGUGUCUGUUCGCUGCGGUUUUAUUACACCACUUGGGUCAAUAGUUCACUCUUGUUAAAUCAUUAGCUCUUUCUGCAUGGCUCGUCCUUGAUCUUCUGUCUUUUUGAUACAGUAGCCUCCAUAAUUAAUAUUUCACGAAUUAAUUUUGAGUAACUGUCAAGAGGCUCAACGGUACUGCAGAUGAUCAGCCAUGGAUGAAGAUGACAACCAAGAUGAGCUGAUCAAUCGCAGCAAGGGGAAAAGGGCUGCUCAGUGGGUCAUCUCAGACUCGGAUGAUGAUGAUGAUGUUGAAGAGGAGUCUGAGGAGGGAGAAUCUGAUGAAGAUCAUCUAGAUGGAGAAGACAAUGAGGAAGUGGAGGAGGAGGAGGAAGAAGGCAGUGAAGAGGAAGAUGAUGACGAAGAGGAUGAAGAUGCUAAGCCUGAGGAUGGUGCUGUAGUGGGUACCUCUGCUGAUCUUGCAGGGUUGAGCUCAGAUGAGGACUCAGAUAAGUGUCCCAUCUGCCUGAACUCAUUCAGCAGCCAGCCUGUGGCAACCCCAGAGACCUGUGAGCACUACUUCUGUCUUGACUGCAUCCUUGAAUGGGCCACGAACGCUAACUCUUGUCCUGUAGAUCGCAUUGCUUUUAAUAGCAUAUACCUCAGGAAAUGUUAUGGAGGCAAAGUGAUGAAAAUGAUCACUGUCCAAAAGCCUGUGAAGGAAGGUCAAGAAGAAACAGUAGAUCUGGACCUGGAGCAGACCAACUGUGAAGUAUGUGGGGGCAGUGACCGUGAGGACCGCUUGUUGCUUUGUGAUGGCUGUGAUGCUGGGUAUCACAUGGAGUGUCUGACACCACCCCUUGACGCUGUUCCUGUAGAAGAGUGGUUCUGCCCCGAGUGUGAAGUCAGCAAUCGUCACUUAAGGGAUAUGGCGGAGGAAGUCGGCGAUGCAGAAAGUCUGCCCUCUACUGCCCGGGCUGCCACCAGUCACCGCCACCACCAGAGCCGUACUCCAGGUCCCACCAGAGCUAUUGCUCGAACUCAGCAGAGUGAGAGGGUUCGAGCUAAUGUCAACAGACAUCGCAUCACCCAGGCACGCUCAUCGCAGUUGGCCCCUACAUAUCUGAUCCAGUCUUCAUGGCUAGAUGAGACUAUUAAUGCUGUGGUGGCUGGGCUCAAUACAGCAGUGUAUGUACGGGACCUAACACCUCGUGCCCCAUCAAGGCGUGUACGCAGGACUGUAAAGCGCAGAAGAGUCAAAAGCAAGACGACGUCCUUUGCUAAGGGUAAAACUGGAAAAUCUGCAACUACUGGCGUCAAGAGGAGAAGGAGGAGAGUAAGAAGGACUAAAUCCAGAAAAAAGCUGAUGGUAAAAAAGACAGCUGGUCCUCGAGGCCGGAUUGCUAGUAAUCUUGGAAUUGUAAAAGACAAGAAGAACUCUUCGCUUCCUACAGUUUACCGGCCCUCGGAAAACACGCUCAGCAAUAUGCGUGCUGACAUAGGAGCUGCUUCCCUCUCCAUCUAUGGGGAUCCAUCUGACCUGGAUCCAUUUGUUGAACGCGAGGAGAACCAGCGCCAGGUCCAUGUUACGUCACUGUUAGAGGCCAAGAGACGAGGCAUCUCUCGUUCUGCUCUUCGCUCUCACCAGCCUGUAGCUCGACCAGUUACUGCAAGCCUUUCCAGGGGAGGUAUGGAUGUCCCCCGAUCAGGUGGUGGUGGUGGUGGUGCUGUGGAGGCAGCUCCUGUGCCUGACCUGCUUGGCAGUAUCCUAUCAGGGCAGAGCAUGCUCUUGAUGGACAGCUCUGAUGUCAUAAUUAAUCGAGAUGGUUCUCUUAAAGCUACAAAGUCAACAGUGACGCCAUCCGCAGUACAGCCAAGUAGCAGCAAAAGCAGCAGCUCAGGAGAUGCUGACGCCCAGAUCAUCCCAGAGAUGUCUCCAGUUGAAGGAGACAGUUCUCUGUCUCUUCACUACAACAGAGACCUACCAGGGUCCUCCCAUAGCGCCAUUCACAGACCUUUGUCCCAGAGCACUGCUUGUUCACCUCCACAUACAUCCUCCUCACUAGUCCACACCAAACCACCUCCAUACACUGAUUUGCCACCAAGAGGUCACCCAAGAUUGCAGCCUCCACGUCCAGUCAGACCCCCCAUCUCUUCUGGUCAUCAUGAAACCAACCAAGUGGGAUCCCCUAGAGAUAUGUUCUCCUCAUCCAUCCACCAGACCCAACCUAAAAAAGCACCUACAAAACCAAUGUGGGUAGAUGUAUCAGUACUGCCAAGGAUACCAAAAAUAAGAAGGGAAAGUAGUAGUGUCACAAAUGAUGGCACUAGUCAAGAUGGCAGCAGUAGAAUACACGGCAGUAAGGGAAAUGGCAGUGACUCUACGUGUAGAAAUAAUGAUUAUGGCAUGCCUAACAUGGGCAUGAACAGCCUCGCUGGAGAUAAGGGUCGGCAGCAAGGUGUAGACCAGCAAAAAGGCAGAGUUGAUGGUCAAACCCAGAGACAUAGAUCUGGUGGAGCAAGCUCAUCUCCAGCCUUCUCCAACUCCUUUGCCUCCUCUUCCUCCUCCUCCUCUUCCUCUACUGACUCACCUGCUGUCCAGCCUCACUGUUCUUCCUCAUCCUCAUCCUCAGUGAGCUUCCGCAUUAACUCCAGCGGGAACUCUUGGCAGUCAAGGCGGUUAAACAUAGCAUCACCGUCUUCUGAGAGUGGGGGAAACGUGCAGGAUAUAUGGAAAAGAAGGCAAGAUGAAGCUAGAAAGAGACAAUUGCACAGGGAUAAGCAGAAGCUACUGGCAUCACGGACACCAAUCAAAAAGGAACAAGACAGUAAUAGUAUCUAUGACCCCUUUAAUCCCACUGCGUCAGAUUCAAGCAGCUCUGAUGACGAAACUGAGAGCUCAAGCCGAGAUAAGUGCUUCCGUCAAGUCAAACGCGAGGUUCCUAGUUUAGGAAACGAGCCGGAUUUAGUCCAAAAUGAGCAGGACUUGAUUCAUGUGAAAAUGGAAAUGCAGGAGACUGAGGUUUCACAGGAACAGCCAAGAAGGCCUAGGUCUUUAGAAAACAUAUCACAGGAGGUCAGGUGCUCAGAGGAGUAUGUUAAGGUGGAAAAAGAAUCAACAGAAGUCGACACUAACGUUGAGAAACUAUCACCACUUGACAUGAUAAUUAAAAAAGAGCCAGGACUAGAUGAUACAAGGGACGCAGAAAGGUGUGGUCACAGUGUAAAUAUGUAUCCAAAUUCAGGGACACCAGAUGCCACACAGCCCGCUCAUCACAGCCUGGCUCCUGUAAAGACUGAGAGAGACACUCAAGAAGAGGAGCGUGUACAGAGUGAGGAAACGCGUGUGUCGUCCUCCACCUGUAAGAAGGAUUCAUCAGCGUCCAGCUCUGUUCACUCGAAGAAGAAACACAUGACAGAGUCUAAUCCAGCUUCCACUUCCAAGUCCCCAUCAAGAGAUUUGGGCCACAAGAAGAAAACCUCCAAAGCUUCAAAGGAGCAACACUCAAGCAGCUCAGCAAUGGGGAGAGGCAGGAGAGGAGAUCACCAUACCUCUGACCAAGGCAGCAGUCAAAAAGAAAAGGAUAAGGACAAGGAAAGGAGUUCUAGGAGGUCAAGAUCCAGAGAGAGGAGGAGAGCGCGCUCAACCUCACAAAGCUCUCUGUCUAGCUCUCCUGGUAGGGGUCACAAAAAGAGACGUCAGUCCCGCUCCCGCUCCCAAGACAGGAAGCAAUCCAGGUCUGGUUCCCGUUCGAGUAGUAGAGAGCAUUCAAGGCAGAAGAAGAAUACACAAAGGAGCAAGGAGAGUAAUGAUAACAGAGAGACGGACCACAAGAAAGAAUGCAUGUCAAAGGACAAGAAACGUGGGCGGUCUCGGUCGAAGUCACGUUCCAGGUCUAGGUCUACAUCUAGAUCGAAGGACGUUAAACGUGGUCGGUCUCAUUCAAAAUCACGAUCCAGAUCCAGAUCGAAGGAAAGGAGGAAAGAUCUCACCCAAAAACCAUCUCUCUCUCACAGAGACAAAGUCGGGUCACAAGGAAAAGACAAGAGAAGAUUCAGGUCUAGAUCGAGCUCAAGAGAGCGAAGGAAAGAAGAGUCCAAGAGUUCACAGAAACCUUCAGGCUCUCGUGUUUCAUCCUCAAAAGACAAAACGCAGCUAAAGGACAAGAAAAAAGAGAAGGAAGGCGUUCACAGUUCUGUCAAAGAGGAAAAUAUUGCAAAGGGGAAUAAACACGAGAUCCCCUCCUGUAGUUCUUCCUUCUCUAAAGUUAAAAAGGAAGGAAAAGACCUCAAGGCUGAUGUCAAACCCACAGCAGCUGACUUGACAAGAGAGGGGAAAAUUGAAAUUAAAAAAGAAAAGAAAUCGUCUCUUGAUAUGUUUGAAGAAUCUCCUAUUAGUAAAUUAGUUAAAAAAGAAGAAAUUGACAUUUUUUCUUUGCCAGAAACCAAAAGCACGGACAGGGAAGACAUAAAAGGAGACCCCAUCAAGACUCAAAUGUGUGAAAUCAAGACUGAGACUUGUGAAAUUGCAAUCAAGUCAGAGCCAAGUUCACCAAAAUUGAGCCACUCACCCUCUUUCACCUCAUUCUCUAUAUCAUCCACACCUGUUACAGCAGAGUGUCUCCAGGAUGCAGCCUCUCAAACUCACUCUGGGUUUAUGGCCUCAGAAGAACGACCGAACCCUGUAAAGCAGGAAGUUCUGCAACCCUCAGACUCCGAUGACGACUUCAAUGUCGACGCGAUUCUCGACAACCUGGACGAUGUGAAGUCUGAGCGCACGGACGCAGGCGACACAUUUGUCAAACAAGAGAAGGAAGUGGAGGAGGGGAAAAGUGAAGGAGCGCAGGCAUUGGCUGCAGUUGGAGUCAAAUCAAAGACUCAAGUGAAGAGGGUUACGUGGAAUAUACAGGAGCCGGAGGCGUCUCAGUCAGAGAAAUCUGCAAGCAAAGUGGCUCUGUAUAAACUGAAGCGGAGGCAGGAAGGAGCUCGCAGACCUUCCUCUAUGGUCCAUACAUCUGGUCAGGAAAUGACUGGUUCUGUCGGUGAUUCCUCCGAAAAAGGUGCAGUCGCGAUGCCCAUUGCAUCAUCAUGCAAAUCUGAUGAGCGACAUCCAGAGGGUUUGUCAGCGACUGAACAAGGCGAGGCAGAGGAGGGGGAUAAGUCGAUGAAAGACAAGCAAUAUUUGAAAAAGCUGCACAUGCAAGAGAGAGCUGUAGAGGAGGUGAAGCUAGCCAUCAAACCUUUCUAUCAGAGGAGAGACAUCAACAAGGAAGAAUACAAAGAGAUUUUACGCAAAGCCGUUCAGAAGGUGUGUCACAGCAAGAGCGGUGAGAUCAACCCUGUGAAGGUGGGUAAUCUGGUCAAAGCAUACGUGGACAAAUACAAACACGCUCGCAAGUUUAAGAAAGGAGAGGAGUCGGAGAAGGAGCCGGACGUCCAAACCGAGGCCAUGAAAAUGUCCGACAGCCCAUGAGGAGGCAUGACCCGCAGGCAAGAACAGCUGCACGCACAGCAAACAUACUCGUAUGCUAGAGUCUUAUGCUGAGGCCGCGCUGGAUGUGUGCGCAGUGUGUGAUGGGCCGUGUUGUUGAUCUGCUGUACACAGGGAGUGUGUCCUCUCUGGACGUAUUAUGUUUCACAAAAGGGUUUGCCUUCAAAUUGGCCUUAAAUAAUGUACUUUCAAAUAUGCCUUUGCACUCAACUAAAUGCCAGAACUCUUUAGUAUUAAGCCGGUCGUUCAACUACUUCACAAUAAAAGCCUUGUUGCAAAAGAGUUCUGAUUCAGGGAGCGACAACACUACUGUGCUUUUACAUUUAACAGAAACACGGAUGCGCUGCUCACACACCCUGUGUGGACCCGCCCUCUCUGUGUCCUACUCAUGGUUAUGAUCUCACCAAUGUAAAUGAGUUGAUUUAAGAUUUCCUCACAGCUUCAGGAUGGAACCUUUACUGUAACCUCAACCUUUUUGUCUUGAUGGAAUUUCUGGAGGACAAACUUUGAUCACUUGAAAAGCCCCUGUCGCCGUCUUGUGCUUGGACAGUCACUGAAAGCUCAGACACUUAUAGGAAACUGAGGAUGUGCCUUAAAGAGGCAAAUCUCCAAACACCCUCCAACAGGUGGAAAACCAGGUAGCUUUCUCCACAGGCAUAUCACAAGUGUGGAAGGAUGUGGCGAAGGCGUGGGUUUUUCAGUUUUCUAUGGCAUUUUUGUUAUGUGCGACAGCCGGGGUAUUUAUUAGCUUUUGUUGGUCAACAAAGAACUAAUUUUGUUAUUAAGUGGCAUACAAGUAUGCAGUGUGUGCAUAUUCUAAUAAGAAAACACUUAUGCAAUUUUAGAUUGUUUGUAAAUAAUAUAGAUUUGAUACAUCUAAUUUUGUUUCUGUUUGUCACAUGACAAAUGUUUUUUUUUUUUAUUUAAUUAAAAAGCUCACCUGUCUUCCACAUUUCUAAUAGCUGUGCUUAAUACUUAUAAUAGUUGGUGCAGCACAGGUGAAUUUUGGCUGAGUAGAUCAAAAAGGAACAGUGGAGUCACUCUUCUUAAACGUCUGUUUUCUUUCAACGUACUUGAUUACUUGUUUUCUGAAAAACUGAACGCUAUCAUUUUUUUCAACCUCGGACGGAAAUGUAGAGAAUCAAGGAUUUGUUUUUUGUGCCAAAUUAUUAACAGUGACAAACACAUUGCAAAAUUUCCCCGAUUGAGAUUUAAUUUGUCUCCAAGCAAUUAAGUUCCAACCACCUUUUAAUUUUGCAAAAAAAAAGUUUGUCUCUGUCCAACCUGCUGUUUUCAUGUCCACAAUGAUACUUAUUAAAAUGUUAAAUAUUAAGCUAAA